AUGCUUUGGCUAAGCCCUACGACGGCUCCUUGUAACACCAGCGCCCGGCUGCAACAGUUCCCAGUAAUGUUCGCGUUACGCGCUUCAGCUCGAAGAUCCGCCGAUGCCGGUCGGCGACUCCUCCAAAACGCCCAGGGCGUUCGAGGAAUUCGCAUCGGGAACACGGAGGUUCCUGAUGAUAAGAAGCUGGCAUAUUCUCUCCAACAUAUAAAAGGAAUUGGCCGCUCCACUGCUCGCCAAAUACUGUGUGAGCUCCAGAUCGAGAACAAGCCGACCAGGGAAUUGUCGGGGAUAGAGCUCGAGUUGCUCCGUGACGAGGUCCUCAACUACAACAUUGGACAUAAUGUGGACCAAGAGACUGCCAGCUGCAUUAAGAGACUGGUUGCAAUACAAAGCUACAGGGGAAUCAGGCACGUAGCUGGUUUGCCAUGCAGAGGGCAGCGCACGAGCACGAAUGCCCGUACCAGGAAGAACAGGGGAACUCCUUUUGCUGCAUUUAAGAUGACUUCCCAUAGGUAGACUGGACGUAUACCUGAGUUGGAGAUG